AUGGCGCAUAACGCAGGACAUAAGUCCAGUUUUCCUGGCAGUGUUCAGUCUCAGAAUCGAUCCGAGCUUCUCCGAUCUGAAUCUAGGCUUGAAGAUGACACUCUCCCCGGAGUAUCGAACAUUGGAGCUGGUUAUGACCCCUUCGCCGGCUAUGCCAGCCCCCACUAUGUUGUUGAUGCGAACAUCUUCGACUGGAAGCAUGCUACCCAGGAUAUCUUCGUAUAUCUCGAGAAGACCUAUAAGAAGCCGGUUGCAGUCGGCGCCAUUGCAUAUUCGGAUUCCUCAUCGAACAGAGUGGUCGGCGACGAUAUCCAGAGCUACCAAGAAAAGCUCGGUGCCAGUGUAAAAGUUGAUGGCUCAUAUGGCUUCUUUUCCGGGUCAAUCUCUACGGAGUUUGGAUCAGAGUCACUGACCAAAAUCGAAUGCGAGUUUUCGCGCUUCCAAGAAAGUAUUGGGACAUGGGCGCUUGAGCUUACCCUUGAUUCCAAGAUUCGUGAGCUAUUGAGCAAGACCUUCCGCAGCGAGCUUGACGACCUUGACACCAGCGACAAGGAUGUUUGCCAGGAGUUCUUCUGCUGCUACGGAAGCCACAUCUUAACGGGGAUUGUGCUCGGCGGCUGUGCGCUGCGGACGGCAUCUACAAACAAGUACACGGUGGAACACAAAUACGACCUCAGCGUGACAGCCGAAGAGGCCUUUAGAUUCGAAACAGCUAAAUCGAGACAUGUGAAGUCCGGUCUUUCCACCUACUAUAAGGACCACUGGGCUCCGGAGUAUGCGAAGAGGCUUCGCCUCCAGCCGGAUUAUAUUGAUGCGCUCACCUUUGUUGUCGGGGAUAGCAGCACGAUCCCGCCAACCCCGGGAUAUCAAAAGCUCAACUUCGACCUGAACCGAAGUGUAGGUGGCAAAUACAUCUAUCUCUGCUACCACAAGGCGAGCUACGACUCGCUUGGCCCGAACAAGCCGGCCGUCACCGACCUUGCCGUCGUCUUUGACAACGAGGCCGCGCCUUCCGGUUACACGAAGAUGUCAACUGACUUGAACGAGGUCUAUCUCUGUUACAAGACGAGCGAGUACACUCCCGACGAGGCGAUCCUCGACAUUACAGCAUUCAGCAGCAGCGACCCCAACAUUUCCCCGCCGUAUGGCUUCACCAAGAUCCCACGUGACUUAAAUGCCGGCGCAGGCGGUGAAUAUAUCUUCUUUGGAUACGCAAAGAGGAGAAAUUGA